AUGGAAGCAGUGAGUAAAAACCAACUACCCCAGGGUGGUACCGGCGACGCCGGAGAAUCCACCCCUAGGCAUAGCCUGGGCAGCCCCAUCGUAUCUGGGGGGGGGGGGGGGCAACACACUGCCUUGCGGCGACGUAACUGCGUCGUCGGUGGGUCCUGUAACAUCCGGAGACCAAGAGAUCUAGCUGGUGGGGGUGAAUGCGAGUCUGAUGGCUCGCAAAUAUCGCUAACAUCGGCUAAUUCACAAGACACCCGCAAGAGGAAGGCGACCAAGAUUCCAAGUACGGAAAACAUGGCCGCUAAAUACAAGGCGGUUGCGAUUUCUGCUUCAGCAACGGGAACAGAAGAAGAGAUGAUGGAAACUGAGAUGGAGACAGAAGAAGAUUUCCUCGACCCUUCAGUGCCCCCAUCAAAAACAAGGGCAAAGAAAAAGUUGCCUAACCCGGAUGAGUUAUUACUGGAUCUGCAGUCUCAACCGAGUGGCAACAUUGAGGAACACAUAGAUCUUCAACUCCAGACCAUUGAAAAAGUAGCGGACCACUCGCGGAAUCUAAAAGGAAACUUCGUCCGUGGCUUAAGGCUGGCAGUGCGUAACGUUAAAGCCGCGGCCGCUGAACGCGCGCGGAGGUCAAUCACUGACGCUAAUGUAAUAAGGCUGGAAAAGGAGAAUGCAGAGUUGGGUUCUCAACUAUCCAGUCUUGCCUCGAAGUUGGAAAAACUCACAGAGGAGAUUAACCUUCUUCGAAGGCAAAACCGUGUUAGUGGCGAAACAAGUGCGUCACUUACACAGAAAUCACCUAAUGAUACCAUGAAAAUGGGUGAAGAGAAGGGACUUUUGGAACGUAUAGGGGUACUAAUAGAAAGCAAAAAAGCUGAUUUUGAGGCAAAGUUGUUUCCUGAUAGGGCGCUUCGACCCACGUUGGGAGCAAGGCCAAAGAUUACAUCUUUGGCUAACGAAUGUUCAGACAUAGAUCCUAGAGAACUACAGCCGCAACCACCAUCGUUGACGCAGUCUCAGAAGAGAAAUAAAAAGAAAAAGGCGAAGAAAAAGAAGUCUUCACCACCACCAGUGACAGAUUUGCCUCCGAUAGCUGCACCAUAUGUGCACUCAGAGGUAGAGACAGCGUCAAGAUCGUGGGUAGAAGUGGUCAAAAGAACAAAAAAUCUGCCGGUUACCACUAUCUUGAAUAAAAAGCCUAAAGGCCCAAGGAAACCUCGCGCUCCUUCAUCUGUAGCUGUGACAGUGACAAUUCUAGAAGGCUCCUCCGUUACAUACGGAAAG